AGAGAAAACUAAAACAGAAGAGCUUAUCACGGAAGACGCCACGCCUUCUCUUUUCCUCUUCCAUUGCCGUGCUGGAUCACUGUCGAUCCUUUUCCUCCCUCGCCGGCAAAGUUCUUACUCAUCGUGCUUGCGUCUUCAAGAUCGACCAAAAUUUCGUCGUCUGUUCAUCCGAUUGAUCCCCUUUUUGUGAGCGCAUCGUAGCUUGGAUUGCUCUCUACGUCGACCACCUCGUCUGCGCAAUUCGAGGGACACGCCAGCUGCGAUGACGAGGAGGGAGGCGGCGCCGCUCCUCCCGGCGAUGAAAUCGCUUCUAAUGGACGACAGCGACGAGAUCCGCAGCCUCCGGUCCUGCCUCCGGUGGAUGUGCCUCGACCAGUCGAACGCCGGCCGGUCGGUGGUCUCGUGGGUGGUCUUCUUGGUUUUCGGAGUGGCAGUCCCCGCCGUGUCCCACUUCGUCCUCUCCUACCGUCCGCACCGUCGCCCUUAUGACCUCGUGGUCCAGCUUUCCCUCAGCGCCGCCUCGGCCCUCUCCUUUAUCUCCCUCUCCGCCUCCACCCGUAGCGGCGGCCUCCGCCGCUUCAUCUUCUUAGACAAGGUCGCCGCGCAGAGCGCGCGCGUCCGCGCGGCGUAUUCCGCCCAGCUCCGCAGGUCGUUUCGCUUCCUCUCUCUUUUCCUGGCGUCCUGCUUCGCCGCGGAGGUGGCCUACAAAAUCUGGUGGUACGCGUUCAGCGCCGAUCGGAUCCCCUUUUGGAAGAACCCGGUGGCGACAGGGUGCGUGGCGUGCUUGCUGGAGCUGACGUCGUGGGCGUACCGGGCGGCGAGCUUCCUUGUGGCUUGCGCGGUGUUCCGGUCCGUCUGCCACCUCCACAUCCUGCGUCUGCAGGAAUUCGCGGCCGUAUUCCAGGAGGAAUCGGAGGUGAUGCCGGUGCUGAAGGAGCACCUCCGCUUGAGGCGGCAGCUCAAGGUCGUAAGCCACCGAUUCCGCGGCUUCAUCCUCUCGGGCAUGGCGAUGGUGACGGCCAGCCAAUUCGCCGCCGUCUUGGUCACCACCCGACAGCACUCCGACGACAAUCUCUUCAACACCGGCGAGCUCGCGCUCUGCUCAAUUGUCCUCGUCACCGGGUUACUCACAUGCUUGCGCAGCGCGGCCAAGAUCACCCACAAAGCUCAAGCACUCACGAGCCAUGCAGCAAAAUGGCACGUCUGCGCUACCAUCGAGUCCUACGCCAUCGAUCCAGAGACACCCUGUGGAGCCAUUUCCACGUCCACUCCCCAAUUGCCCGCAGCCGAAAUCGACGACUACUCGGACGACGACGAAGAAGGAGGCAGCGAGGAGGACGAACUCGAAGACACAAAGAUCGUGCCGACGCACGCGCACACCAUUUCCUUUCAACAGAGACAAGCACUUGGUACACUUCCAUUUCUUUUUCUUCUGAAAUCUGAUGAAUUAAAACGUUCAUUGGUGUUCGAAUUACAUUUUCUGUCGAUCGCAGUGACGUACUUGGAGAAUAACAGAGCAGGGAUUACAAUAUUUGGGUUCACAGUGGAUAGGACAUGGCUUCACACAGUGUUUAUGCUCGAAACUAGUCUGUUCUUGUGGCUUCUGGGCAAGACGAUAGGGAUCUCCUAAAACCGAUCCAGGAAUAAUGACUGCAGGGUUCAGUAGUGGAGCAGGUGCAAGGCUUUUUUUUUCUUCUGAUUUUGGAGUUAGAAAUAUUGUUGUAUCGGGUAGCUUUUCUAAUUUGGAUUAUGAGUUCGUUGAUUGGUU